AUGUCUAUCUUCAUGGUGUUUGCAAUAGCUAAAAGGAGAAAACAAGGUCCGGUGGCCGAAGAAAAAGAAGAAGAAGAGGAGGAGGAAGAGGAAAGAGUUACCUUUCCGCUAGGUGAGGACACAGCAAGAAGGCAGCCAUCUGCAAGCCAGGAAGAGGUCUCACAGAACCUGACCAUGCUGGUAACCACCUUGAAUGUUUGUUGUUCCCAUGAGAAGAGGGGUUUGGAGCGUCCAGAAAUCAAUGUUAUGAUUGAAACAGAGUUGCAAAAGUCAUCCGGGAAGGCGCUGUUUAACCUGAGUUGCAGCCACCUCAAUCUCGCUGAAAAGGAGUAUUUCGGAUUAGAAUUCUGUAGCCAUUCUGGAAAUAAUGUCUGGUUGGAACUGCUGAAGCCCAUCACAAAGCAAGUAAAAAAUCCUAAGGAGGUUGUUUUCAAAUUUAUGGUGAAAUUUUUCCCAGUGGACCCGGGACAUCUUCGAGAAGAGCUUACAAGGUAUCUUUUUACUCUUCAAAUAAAGAAGGAUUUGGCUCUAGGAAGGCUUCCAUGCAGUGAGAACUGCACAGCGUUGAUGGCAUCUCACAUCCUACAAUCAGAACUGGGAGACUUUCAUGAAGAAACAGAUAAGAAACAUCUGGCACAAACCCGCUACUUACCGAACCAAGACUGUUUAGAGAGCAAGAUCAUGCACUUUCAUCAGAAGCACGUUGGCAGGAGCCCAGCUGAAGCUGACAUUCUGCUACUGGAUAUAGCAAGGAAGCUGGAUAUGUACGGCAUCAGGCCUCACCCCGCCAGUGACGGCGAAGGCAUGCAGAUCCACCUGGCUGUCGCUCACAUGGGAAUACUGGUGUUACGGGGAAAUACAAAGAUCAAUACUUUCAACUGGGCUAAAAUCCGCAAGUUGAGUUUUAAGAGAAAGCAUUUUCUCAUCAAACUUCAUGCCAACAUCUUGGUGUUGUGCAAGGACACCUUGGAGUUCACCAUGGCCAGCCGAGAUGCCUGCAAGGCUUUCUGGAAGACCUGUGUGGAGUACCAUGCUUUCUUCAGACUUUCUGAAGAGCCCAAAUCCAAGCCCAAAACCCUACUGUGCAGCAAGGGUUCCAGUUUCCGCUAUAGUGGAAGGACCCAACGGCAGCUUUUGGAAUAUGGAAAGAAAGGGAGGUUGAGGAGCUUGCCAUUUGAGAGGAAACAUUACCCAUCUCAGUACCACGAGCGACAAUGUAGGUCCUCACCGGACCUCCUCUCUGAUGUGUCAAAACAAGUGGAAGAUUUGAGACUAGCGUACGGCAGUGGGUAUUACCGAAAUGUGAAUGGAGUGCACGCAUCGGAGCCAGUGCUAGACCGUAGGAGGAGAAACUCAGCAGUGGAGGUGAUGUUUGCUGCCGAGCUAGAGCGUUCCAAACCAGAGGCGGAUCCCACACUGUUACAUCAGUCCCAAAGCAGUUCCUCUUUCCCUUUUAUUUAUACAGACCCUGUCUUUAGCACUGACCCAGAUCCCAGAGACUACUUUGAGGAAAGGAGUCUUCUGAGCUCCUUCCAACCAAGCUGUAAGUUUGCUGACAAUCACAUGAGCGCAUCUUCUGGCCUUGCAAGCAAAGUGAGUCCAGCAAGGCAGCUAACUUACACAGAUGUGCCCUAUAUUCCUUGUACGGGUCAGCAGGUCGAUAUUAUGCCUCCCCAAGUCUUUUUUUAUGUGGACAGACCACCCCAGGUGCCCAAACGGUCCCCAGUCAUGGCAGAGCAAAGGGAAAGGCCAGACAGCUGUCUAGAGCCCGCUGCAAUGAAGCCAGCCAAAAGAAGCCCAAGGAAUGUCACAAUGAAGAGCUUUCAGCAAGACUUUCAAGAACUCCAAGAACCUACGGCCAGGACUAGUGGUAGGAGCAACAUCAACGUAUAUCUGGAAGCGGAAGACCCAAAUUUAGAAGAUGCAUUUGCAUAUAGCAUUCAAGAGCAAACCCCAAAACGAUCCCAGAGCCAAUCAGACAUGAAAACGAUCCGUUUUCCUUUUGGGUCCGAAUUUAGACCUUUAGGGCCUUGUCCUACUCUGAGUCGUAAAGCUGACCUUUUUACAUACAUGUUUGCAGAGCAGGAGUUUCCAACAGUUUUAAUGGAUCAGGGAGCAGCAGAAAGGUACGUAACUAGUGAAUCCAGUGAUUCGGAAUCAGAAAUUCUUAAACCAGACUACUACUCUUUGUAUGGCAAAGGAACAAGGUUACCCAUGGCCAGAAUCCGCUUAUCUUCUGGUAGUCUACAGCUUGACGAAGAGGAUGAAGGUGUUUCUUUCAAUACACCAAGUGCUGAAGACAGGACUUUGCUAAAACCAUGUAAUUACUUUUUAGCUUAAAAGUGUGCAAUCAGUGAACAUUUCUGGGCCAGUUCCAUGUUGCCAACUUAGGUAAAAUAUAAGGAACGUUCUGCACAAAUCAUUUUCUUAGUUAUCAUUCACUGGUAUUAAGGGGAUCUCCUACUUUGGGGCACCUAGCUUAUUAAAGAUCCAGCUGCUGCCUCGUUCCUCAAGCUCCCCUCCUCAGUUUCCUCUGAAGGGACUCUGGAACAUAUGCAUUCCUCACCAGCACCGUGGUCGGGCAAGGUGGCUACUUGUCACCUCCGUUAUACGUUUCCCCAUAGAGACAUUAUCGAUGAA